CGUGGUCGCGCGCCGCGGUGCGCUGAGUCAACGCCACUAGCCCACGCCCGCGCGCCUCGUUCCCGGUCGCCUCUAUAUAACCUCCCCCCGUGCUGGCAACUGCUGAGUGCUCUCUACGCACGCCCGCGCCGCAGCCCUACGCAAAACCCCGAUCGUCUCAGCAGCGAGCGCGAGUGUGCGAGGCGUGGAGAUGGAGGCGGCGACGGUGGAGCCGGCCGCGGGCCUGGACGUGGACAAGCUCACCUACGAGAUCUUCUCCAUCCUCGAGAGCAAGUUCCUGUUCGGCUACGACGGCCCCAAGCUCUUCUCCGCCGGUGGGUCGCCGCAGCUCGGGGACGCGGUGGAGUCGAGGAAGGCGACGCCGGUAAGGACGACGGCGGCGGCAGCGGGGAAGGGGAAGGUUUGUAUACUGUCCAUCGACGGCGGCGGGCGAGCCGCCGACGGACUGCUGGCCGGCGCGGCGCUGGUGAGGUUGGAGGCGUCGCUGCGGCGGCGCACCGGGGACCAGGAGGCGAGGCUGGCGGACUUCUUCGACGUGGCAGCCGGGUCCGGAGCUGGGGGUGUGCUCGCGGCCAUGCUGGUCGCGCGCGGCCCGGACGGGCGGCCGCUCUUCUCCGCGGAGGACGCGCUCGCGUUCCUGCUGCGCAGCCUCCGGCGCGGGUGGUCGGGUUGCAGCGACGGGGGCGGGCUCGGCAGCCUGCGGGCUCUGUUCCGCUGCCCGGGCGCCGCGUUCCGGAAGCUGUUCGGCGACCUGACGCUGCGGGACACGGUGCGGCCGGUGCUGGUCCCGUGCUACGACAUGGCCACGGCGGGCCUGUUCCUGUUCUCGCGCGCCGACGCCGUCGAGACACCCGCCUACGACUUCCGCCUCCGCGACGUGUGCACCGCCACGUGCGCCGGGUCGGACGGCUCGACCGCCGUGGUGGAGGUGCGCUCGUCCGACGGCUCCACCCGCAUCGCGGCGGUCGGCGGCGGCGUCGCGCUCGGCAACCCCACGGCGGCCGCCAUCACGCACGUGCUCAACAACAAGCGCGAGUUCCCCCUCGCCGCGGGCGUCGAGGACCUGCUCGUCGUCUCCAUCGGCAGCGGCGAGGGCGAGCAGCGGCCCGCCGGGGGCGGCGCCUCCCCGUCCGAGAUCGUCAGGAUCGCCGCCGAGGGCGUCGCCGACAUGGUGGAUCAGGCCGUGGCCAUGGCGUUCGGACAUAAUAGGACAAGCAAUUACAUCCGGAUACAGGCGACGGGGACGCCGCGAGCGAGCCGGGGCGCGGCGAAGGGUGGCCGCGUGGCGGAGGAGAUGCUGGCGCAGAAGAGCGUGGAGUCGGUGCUGUUCCGCGGGAAGAAGCUGGUGGAGCAGACCAACGCCGAGAAGCUGGAGCGGCUCGCGCACGAGCUCGUCAAGGAGCGCGACCGCCGCAGGACCAAACCGAUCGCCCCCGCUGUCGUCAAGCAGCAGCCGUCGACCCCCGCGGCCGGCGGCCGCCCCCCUUCAACGGCGUCGUCGUACUCGAACCUCGCCAGGCACAUGCUCGCCAGCAUCAUGUAGACCACAAGUACGGGCCAAGUGAAAUUGCCGGAUGUUGUUCUAGCCAAUUGAUUUUGUGUCAUGGCAUCAUGUAGACCACAAGUACAGGCCAAGUGAAAUAUGUCAGAUGUUGUUCUCA